AUGGAGAACGCUAUCGCGAUGCAUUCAUCUCUGGAUAUCAGAUUAACACACAUACAUGACGACGACUCAAGACAAGAACGCCUUAUCAUCGGAGGCUCCACUUGCCCCGUCACCGUUGAACGCAAUGUUCCUCCGACCUCGACACCACACUUCCAAAGCCUUAUCUUUGAGAUUGGGUCUUUUUUCAUCAAAUAUGCAGACUUAGCUAGAGGGUUGAUUGCUCCCGAUAUGGACCAUCCCCAAGGAAUAAUAGGGCACCCUCAAUAUGGCAUGAGUGUCCUCCAUCAACAUGCUUCCUUCUUUGAUCAAGAUGACAAUGAAAUAGUCAUCUUUCGAUGCCAGGGCUUGCGUUGUCUAACAAUGACAUCAAGCUCAAUUACGAGAAAUGUAUUUCUCGCAUUUGAUUUGCGUCAACUAGGUUUCAAUAUUAUUGUAUCUCUUGUAAUGUCUAUGUUUAUAAACGGAGCUAUGAGUUAUCAUUCUCUUCCUGUGACCAACAUCCAUAAAGCCAAACAUGGAAGUGAUUCUGGAACUAAUGAUACAGAUGGAAGGUACACGCCGGUGAACUUUGAGAACAUGUUUAGCAAGUAUGCACUCACUAUACCUGAUAGGCUCACUUUUGGGGAGAUGUGGGCGAUGACUGCAGCAAAUCGAGUAGCAUUGGACUUCUUUGGAUGGUUUGCGGCUAAGGUGGAGUGGAUAAUGUUGUAUGUUCUAGCUCGGGAUAGUGAAGGAAUGUUGUCUAAAAAGGCAGUAAGGUGUUUUGAUGGGAGUUUGUUUGAUUACAUUGCAAAGAUGCAGAUGAGUGAAGGGAAGAUGUACUAA